AUGACUUCCCACAGGACAACAAUGCACCUAAGAAGCGCUUCCUUAACGAACAUGGACCCCUCCGAAAUUCAUAUUAUCAGGCAGAUUACGUGCUCUGAUGCGUCUGCAAUAUUCGAGGUAGAUCUGGAUGGACAAAAGUAUGCAUUAAAGCUUUUCCACGACAACGGCGACCCUGGAUAUACCGAAAAAGGUCGUGAUUUGAACCGAUUUCGCUGCGAAUUAAAUGCUUAUAAGAAGCUUCUCACUUCUAGUGUCUGUGCGCGCGGUUUCGUGCCAAAAUUCUACGGCUACAUCGAUCGAAUGGAUCCCGCAGCAUUUCAUCCUGCUUUUCAACAUUUCGCCCGAGACAAGCUAAAGCCGAGAGCAAUAUUGCUAGAAUAUCUCCCAAAUGCAGAGAGUUUGAACUGCGUGAACUACUCGGCCGCGCUCUAUCCCCAGGCAAUUGAGGGCAUGCAGGAGAUACACAGGGCGGGUGUUCACCACCAAGACAUCUACCCCAGAAACCUUCUCCUUGUCCGUGGAAACCCCGAUAGGCUGGUCUGGAUUGACUUUGAUGUUGCAACGACCUUCACCGACUUUGGACCUGAACAGCUGGCCCGCUGUGACUACGAAAUUGCGCUUGUUAAGGGAUUUGCGGAAGCACUGAGAGAUGACCAGGCUGAGGGACUCCCGCCGAAUACAAAAUUUUAUUAA